AUGGAAUUGAUGAUCGGAAACCGCAUACUGACUUUCAGCUGUCAUUUCUGCUUGCAGAAGCGACCCACCGAGCAGAGUCUCCCCGAUGCGUCGAGAGAUGAAAAGGCAAAAAGGAAGAGGCGACGGAGAGUCGAGGGGCAGCAGGUGACGUCCGCAUCCGGCAUCGGCCACGUGACCCACUUCGAUCUAGAAUUCGAGAUUCCCCAUCGUCGAGUCGUGCAAGCUCCACAGGAAUGCUCGACAGGCACUGAAACCCACGGUGUCAUGCAGAUCUCGAUGGUGCAGGGCGACGUGGAAUGUGUUUAA